AUGCCGAGCGACGACGAUUUCGAGGUCGAGGUCCCGGACUUGGCAGCGGAUGAUCCCAUGCGAGCAUUUCUGCCAACGGCUUUUGGCAAGAAGGAUAAGACGACAAAUAUUGCGGCGCAGAUCGACAAGAGCCGCAGAGUAGUGGAGGAAAAGCCCUCAGCGUCGCUACAGCAAACGAAACAGAGCGGCGCCUCCAGUUCAGAUGACAGCGACAGCGACAGCGACGAUGAUUCUGAGGAUGGCGACGAAUACCCAGUUUCCCACGAGAUGGUGAUUCCGACGGCCAGCCGCACUGUUACCACCGUGUCUCUUGACCCCUCUGGAGUCCGACUGGCGACAGGUUCGACCGACUGUACUGUGAAGCUCCACGACUUUUCUUCCAUGACGCCAACGACGAUUCGAGCUUUCCGAACAGUAGACCCUUAUGAAGCCAAGGCUGCAGACAAUGCAGAGUCACAUCCAAUUCACCACAUUGAGUUCAACCCGCAAGCUGGGAGUGUCCUGCUUUGCAUUUCGGCACAUCCGCAAGCCAAAUUAUUGUCUCGCGAUGGCGAUGUUCUGACUACAUUCGUCAAGGGAGACAUGUAUAUGCGAGAUAUGCAUAAUACAAAGGGCCAUAUCUCGGAAAUUACAGGCGGAGCAUGGCAUCCUACAGACAAGAAUCAAUUCGUUACAGCCGGCACAGAUAGUACCCUACGAAUUUGGGACGUCAACAACAAGCGAUCGCAAAAGGAAGUCGUGGUGUUCAAAUCAAAGACGGCGGGCUCGGCAGGACGAUCGAAAAUGACUGCCGUUGCGUGGGGAACGCCAGCGCAAGGAAGCAACAACGUGCUGAUUGGAGCUGCCCUCGACGGAACGCUCGUCAUGUACGGCGGCAACGGACCAUUUUCAAGACCAGCCGGAGAAAUUUUAGGAGCGCAUAAGCCGCAGACAUGGACAGGAGGCAUCGAUAUUUCCGGCGACGGACGCAUGGUGGUCACACGGGGAGGAGACGACUUAAUCAAAUUAUGGGAUACGAGAAAAUUUACCAAGCCUCUGGUAACUGUAUCUCACGCAUCGACGUCGAACGCUCACCCGACGACCAAUAUUCGCUAUGCGCCCAACUCCACAAGCAUCAUCACGGGCUCCGCGACCGGCCACCUUCAUAUUCUGAACCCCGGAAAUCUACAACCAGAACACGUUACGCCCAUUACACCUGGCUCACCUCUUAUUACUGUGGAUUGGCAUCGCAAGAUUAACCAGAUUGUUACAGGGUCUGCGAACGCGGAGACGCGUGUACUUUAUAACCCCAACAAGUCGACAAGAGGAGCAGUUGAAGUCAUGUCACGCGCCCCGAAGAAGCGACAUAUUGACGACAACUCUGACUUGACUACAGACCAGUCGAUGGGCAUGUCAGGCGACUCUAUCAUUACACCGGGCGCGGCGCCGAGGAAAACUGGCGCGGCCGGCGGCAGCUCAAAGGACCCACGCCGUCCACACGUCCCUCAGCAGACACCUUUCCAGCGCAGCCAGCCCGAUGAGAGGCAUGUCGCAGAGAGUAUACCGCUUGCGCGAAUGCUUCACGAGGACCCUCGCGAAGCUCUGUUAAAGUAUGCUGACAAGGCCAAGAGUGAUCCGAUGUUUACCAAGGCAUGGAGCAAGACGCAGCCGGAGACGCAGUAUGCAAAUAUCAGCGAUGACGAGGCCGAUGGUCCGGAUAAGAAGAAGGCCAAGAGGUGA